AUGGGGUUGCUGAAGAAUAUAUCACCUAUUGAUUGUAUUGUGCUUGAUGGUGGUUAUCCACAAAGUAUUUUGGAAGAGAUGACUGAGGAAGAAGAGCAGGAUACUUUUGGACUGCACAACUUUUGUUUACCAGUAAGAAAGCAGAGAGGAACAAGCUUAUCAGAAACAGAAGCUGAAUAUAAUUCCCAUCUUGGAUCAUUCCAUUCAAUGUUAUGCUGCUUACUCUAUAAUAUGAAGAAGAUACUAGCAAACAGUGAUGUACAUAUUGAUCAUCAUCACUCAUUCUGGGUUAUGAGCAACUUUGAUUACCCUGAUACACAUGAUAAGUCAACACAAGUGGAACCAAUACAUACUUUGCCCCAAAAAGCAGAGUUAGAAGCAUCUAUUGUUGAAAUUCAAAAUCGAUUCCUUCAAUCUAAAAUUGAUGAUACAUAUGAUUGCUUGGUGCAUAUUGAUUAA